CGCACCUCUCCAUGGCGGCGCGCCGAACGUAACCGCGCAACCGCUUGCUGCGCCGGCCGCCCCUAAUCCCCUUUCUCCGCCGCCACCGUUGCCUCGCGCCAGCCCCAGCCCCAAUAGGCACCAGAGGUGCACUCGGAUUUCCUCUCCUGGCCGAGCCGACGGCGACUCGGUGAGCUCUACUCCCUCCAAAUCGGAGACGGAAGGCCCUGCCCAGCGCAGCCUACAUAUAUAUGCACCCCACAACCUCUUGCCAUAUCGAUCGAAUCGAGCCUUGGAACAAUGUCGUCGUGGUCAGGCCUCGCCUUCGUCGUAGCCUCCGCCGUCACGGGCAGUGCCGUGACGCUGGCGGCGUCGGCGUUCUACGACCUCUACUUCCAGCGCUCGUACGCCUUCGACAUCAUGCCCCCGGAUCUGUCCCCUGGGAGCCGGUACAUCUACACCCGCGCCCAGAACAACGACAAGGCUGAGCGGGCCAUCACCACGUGCAGUGUCCUCAGCGCCUUGGACGCCGGCAGGGCUGAUCCGGUCGUUGGCCGCGACGACGAGAUCGACCGCGUCGUCUGUAUCCUGUGCCGCCGCACCAAGAACUGUGCGGCGCUUGUCGGUGCUGCGGGGGUCGGUAAGACGGCCAUCGUUGAGGGCCUCGCCCAACGCAUCGCCGCCGGGAACGUCCCGGACGUGCUGGCAGGAGCGCGCAUCCUGGAGCUCGACAUGGGGGCGGUUGUCGCCGGGACACGCUGGCGUGGCAUGUUCGAGGAGCGCUUGAAAGACGCCAUCAAGCAUGCGGAGGAGGCGGGAGGCAAGGUGAUCCUCUUCAUUGAUGAGUUGCACAUGAUUGUUGGCGCCGGCGAUAAAGGAGGCCCCAUGGACGCCGCCAAUAUCCUCAAGCCAGCAUUAGCCCGCGGCCGCAUCCGUUGUGUGGGUGCUACCACUUGCGAAGAGUACCACAAGUAUAUCCAGACGGACGCUGCACUUGAGCGCCGGUUCCAAAAGGUUGUCGUCGAGGAGCCAAGCGUGCAGGGCACCAUCACCAUCCUAAAAGGGCUGAAACAGCGGUACCAAGAGCACCAUGGCUUGAAAAUCCAGGACGAUGCUCUCGUUGCUGCAGCACAGCUCGCCGCCCGUUAUAUUACUGGUCGCCAGUUUCCUGACAAGGCGAUUGAUUUGAUUGACGAGGCAUGCUCUACUGCAAAGGUGCAUUUUGACAAGCAGAAAGUGGAGAAUAAUAUGAUUAGCUCCAUAUUUGCACCGAAGGAGUUAACAGUUGGCCCAGAUCAUAUCGCACAGGUUGUCAGUCGAUGCACUAGAAUCCCUCUCACCACACUUGGUCAAGAGGAGAAGGAGAAGUUAGUCCACCUAGCAGAAAAAUUGCAUGAGCGAGUCGUCGGUCAGGAUGAAGCGGUCAAUUUGGUUGCGCAAGCGGUGCUACGUUCUAGGGUUGGUUUUGGUCGAUCUAGCCGACCGAUAGGUUCAUUCCUCUUUUUGGGACCGCUUGGUGUUGGAAAAACAGAACUAGCAAAAGCUCUCGCCGAGAGGAUAUUUGACAAUGAGAAGGCGUUGAUCCGCUUUGAUAUGUCGGAAUAUGCUGAGAGUGGGUCUGUGUCGCGCCUCAUUGGGGGACCUCGAAGCUAUGAAGAAGGUGGACAACUUACCGAGAAAGUCAAGAGGUGCCCAUACAGCAUUGUCCUUUUCGACCAGGUGGAUAAGGCAGAUCCCUCAAUAUUCAAGGUUUUUAGCCAACUCCUUGAUGAUGGUAUGCUGACUGAUGGCAAAGGACACGUCGUAGAUUUUAAAAACACUAUCAUCAUUAUGACCUCAACUCUAGGAGCAGAGCAGCUAACAACAAGAAUGGGCAUAGAAAACACAGUCAAAGCUGGACGAGGUCUUCUUAUGGAGCAGGUUCAGAAACGCUUGAAGCCUGAACUUAUUGACAGACUGAGUGAGGUUGUGAUAUUUGAGCCGCUUUCACACGACGAACUGAAGGAAAUAGUGAAAAUCCAGAUGAAGGAUGUCAUUGCCACAGUAGCUAACAAAGGUGUCUCUCUAUUUAUAACUGAUGCCGCGCUGGACGUCAUUUGGUCGGAAUCAUACCACCUGGUAAAUGGCGCAAGGCCCAUGAGGAGAUGGGUGGAGAAGAAUGUGACGACAGUUCUUUCAAACAUGCUGGUCAAUGGAGAAGCUUGUGAAGGCUCGAGGAUCUCCAUCGAUGCUGCAGAUGUUAACAGGGGGCUGAGGUACCAUGUACUGAAGAAGCAGGCGAGCACAGACCCAUAAAGCCAGCGAUGAGUUCUGCCAUGGUCACUCCAUAGCAGCAUCUGACAAAAACAGUGGAUGUAUAUAGACUGUUAGUGAAUUAUGAUGGAUAUUUAGCUUUUUGUAACAAGAUGUAUACACAUAUACAAAUAUAUCCAGGUUGAUCAAGGUUAUUGAGCUACUAUUGCAGUAAGUGUGAGUUUUGCCAUGGUCAGUCCAUGAUCUGUGUGUAGUAGACAUACACAAAUUUAUCCAGGUUGAUCAAGGCUACUCA